AUGGAAUACUACCUCCCAGACUAUCUAACCCCUCUCCUCACAAACCCGACAUUACAGCACCUCCGCAGCCACGCCACAAACUGGUCCUCGUCGUUGUCGUUCAGCACCAUCCGCACCACCUACUUAGAGCCCUACCUCAUAACCCCGCUCUCACGGCUCCUCGCGUCCUCGACCCCCGAUUUAGUCUCUGUGCUACUUCUUCUUCUCGUGCUGGUGGUCUCGCUCAAGGUGCUCGAUUAUAUGCGCCGGGUGGUCAUGUUCUGGGUGAUGCUUGCGGUGAGGGUUGUGUUUUACGGGUCGGUCGUUGCGCUGGGGUGCUAUGUUUAUAGUGUUGGGGUGGAGAAGGCGGGGAGGGAUCUGGGGUGGCUGCUGGGUGUGCUUUGGGGGUUUGGGGAGGAGAUUCUUGCGGGCGUUGAGAAUGGGAGGUCUCCCUCUGGCGGGGCCGGGGCUGGUGGGUAUAGAUAUGGGUAUGGAUAUAGGCGUGACGUUCCCGGGUAUGGAGGACGGGGGAAGAAGGGGAGGUGA